UUGACACGUUGGUUGACGUUUCGCUUUCAAGUCGGCCAACUCGAUCACUUUUUCUUGGAUUUUGUGUUAUUGCAGGCAGUGCGAGUGCUUAUUGUUGCAUAUUAGUGAAAGUAUCAUUAUAAACAAUAAUGUCGGCUAAAGUUACCAAGGCUUUUACUAAGGAAGAGGAGCUGCUGCUGCAAGAUUUCAGCAGGAAUGUCUCGACCAAGUCUUCAGCAUUAUUCUAUGGAAAUGCCUUCAUCGUAUCUGCUAUUCCCAUCUGGUUAUUCUGGAGGGUGCACGCUCUAGAGCUGACGCCGGCGCUGCUGUGGUUCGCGGUGGUGACGGCGGCCAGCACGUGGCUGUUGGCGCUGGCGUACCGCAACACCAAGUUCCAGCUGAAGCACCGGGUGGCUGUGCGCCGCGAGGACGCCGUCGCGCGCGAGAUGUCGCGCAAGCUCGCCGACGACAAGAAGAUGAGCAGGAAGGAGAAGGAUGAGAGGAUCCUGUGGAAGAAGAAUGAGGUGGCGGACUAUGAGGCGACCACCUUCUCCAUCUUCUACAACAACGCGCUGUUCCUCGCCAUCGUCAUCCUCAGCAGCUUCUACCUGCUGCGCUCCUUCACGCCCACUGUUAACUACAUCGUGUCGCUGUCGACGGCGUCCGGGCUGCUGGCCCUGCUCUCCACCGGCACCAAGUGAACACAGGACUAACCUGUGAGUGUGUGAGUGACUGAUGCAGAGACAGAUCUCCCUUGCAAGUGCGUGUACAUCUUAUUUAAAACAUUGUAAGAGAUCAUUAUUGUUGUUAGAAUAAUUUUACAAGCUAAUUUAAUAAUAAAACUUUUUAUAAAAU